AUGUCUUUUUCCAUUAAAAAGGGCAAUGAGGGGUGUAGAGUGAAGACACUAAAUUCAAGACAUGACUGUAAUCCUGCUUUUGAUAACAGUAGGGUUGAAUAUAGCACUAUAGCUUACUACUUCAAGAAGAAGUUGCAAGACAACCCUAAGUAUAAGGUGAAAGAAAUGAGGGCAGACCUGAAGAAUUCAUUUCAACUUAAUGCUAGUAAACCUAAGUUUAAAAGGGCAAAGAGAAAGAUAUUGGAGAAUUUGGAAGGGAGUUUCACUGAUGAUUAUAACAAGCUUGAAGCAUAUGCCAAUGCUUUGAGGGACAGUAAUCCUGGAAGUGAUGUUGUUAUUAAUUUAUCUAAAGAAGCAUUGUUGCAAGGCAAAAGGAAAUUCCUUAGGAUGUACAUUUGUUUUCAUGCAUUGAAGAUGGGGUACAAAGAGGGCUUGAGACCAUUUAUUGGGCUUGAUGGUACAUUCUUAAAAAGGAAGGCUAAAGGACAGCUACUAGUUGCUGUUGGGAAAGAUAACAUGAAUUAUUUUUAUCCACUUGCUUGGGCUGUAGUUGAUAGAGAAACAAAAAGAAGUUGGACUUGGUUUCUGGAGCUUCUUCACAAUUCAUUGGACUUGAAUAUGGGUAAUGGAGUCACAUAUAUGUCGGAUAUGCAGAAGGGAUUAAUGGAGGCAAUAAAGACAGUACUUCCUGAAGUAAAGCAUAGAUUCUGUGUGAGACAUGUAGAGUCAAACUGGUGCAAAGACUAUAGAGGUCUUGAAAUGAAGAAGUUACUUUGGUGGAGUGUUUGGGCCACUUAUGAAGAAGACUUCAAGGAUCAGUUGAGCAAGUUGGGACAGUUGAAGGAAGCAGUUGUUACAGACCUGUUAAAGUACCCACCCCAGAGUUGGUGUAAGAUAUUAGAAGCUAGAUACAAGCCCAUCAUCAAGAUGUUGGAAGAUAUAAGACUCAAAAUAAUGAAUCAGUUGAGAAAGCAUGAAGAUGAGGUGAGAACAUGGAAGACAUACUACAAUCCUCAAAGCAUGAAGCUUUAUAAUGACUAUCUGAAGAUAGCUCAUUCCAUUGAGGAGAUUUCAAUGGAAUACCCUUUGAAGGAGAUGCACUGGUGGUAUAGCAAAGAAGCCUUUCUACUUACUUACAAGCAUAAGUUACAACCUGUACCUGGUGAGAAAUUCUGGAAACUAGAUCCAUCUCAAGCCAUGGAACCUCCAGAACUGGUGAAACGAGCUGGCAGGCCUAAAGUUAAAAGAGAUAGACAAAAGGAUGAGGCAAUCAAGAGGCAAGGGGAGUGUAGUCAGUCUAGAAAAGGCAGAAUUAUGACUUGUGGCAAUUGUGGAGAGGCAAACCAUAAUGCAAGGGGAUGUAAAAAGGUAUAG